GAAAAGCGGCGGUGAAAAUUUCAAAAUGUUUGGAUUGACUUGAUCCUGUCUUGAAGAGUUUGCACAUCCGACCACCUGGUGUGCUUGCUAUUCAAUUCACCAAUCGAAGAUGUUCUUCUUGCAAAGAUGCUUCACUUUUUGCUUCAUCGUUGUUCUGGUACAUACAGUUUGUGUCUCCGUACAUGCUUCUCCGGGAAAGAAGACUGCCUCUGUCAACGCUUUGGUGGGCGUUCCUUUGCCGGAAACCAGCAGGGAAAGAUCAAAAUCUCUUUCUUCAUCAUCUCCUUCCUCAUUGCCGGAACGAACAGCGGCAAAACGACCGACGUUUGAUUUGAACAGAACUCCAAGUCCUGAACUGGAGGAGGGUGCACAAUCACCAAGUCCACAAUCGUCAAGAGGCGCGAAUUCCAAAAAGAAUGCUCUUUCUGUAAAAAGUAUGCCCAAAAAGAUUUCUUCUCAAAGUCGAAGUGCAAAACACAGUCAAAGAUUCUAUUGGAAACUGAAAGAGAUGACUGAAUCCAGUGAUCCAAUAGAGGCUCGAUAUGCCACAGAACGCUUAGCGCAUCGUAGAAAGCUCAACACCUUGUCUGCAAGGAAACGGAGAGCUGCUGAGCGGGGAAAAAAACGUAUGCAGAAAGAUAGAGACCAACAAGAUUAAUCGUCACAAAACGGAGUUUGAUCGAAAACCCCGCUAUAUGCAAUCUUGAACUCAUUCACUCAGCCGUCAUUGUAUCCGUUUAUCGUGAAGAAUUCAUUACGCCCGAA